AAUGAAAUCUGAAAAUCAAGAUUAUGUAAGAUGUAAAUAUUGUAAGAAAAGAAUACAUCAAUGUUAGAUGUAUGCACAUAAAUUAGAGUGCAAUUAAUCAAAUCAUCCUAAUUAUUAGUCUGAAAUCCAAUCUAGAAUAAACGAAAAUCAAUCUCAAUUUUAAUCAUAGAAUAAUCAUCAAUAAUAAUCAAGAUUAUAAUAAAGUUCCUCAAGAUAACCUGUUUAGUUUGUGGAAUCACAUAUUUAUUCUUCAUAAAAGGAUAACAACUCAAAUUUAAAUAAAAUAAUCAACAAUCCAAGAAGAUCAGAUAAUCCAGAAUAUAAAAAUACUUCAUAAGUAUAAAGGAUACAAUAAUAGAAUAUUAAUUAAUAUAAUGAAUCAUUAUUAAAAAGAACAUAGAAGAAAUGUGAAUACUGUGAUUAAGAAUAUCCUAUAGAAAUUUUAGAAGAACAUUAUCCUUUAUGUGAUACUAAAAAAUUAAUUGAAUAAUUAUCUAUAGAAGAAUAUUAAGAUGAAAAUAUUCAUGAAUAAUAAAAUACUCAUCAUAAUCCUUAUGAAAAUAAUGAUGAUUAUAUUUAAUAACAAAUAAACAAUCAAAAUCAUAUUCAUUAUAAUUAACCAUAACAUAGAAAUCAUAAUUAAGUCACAAGAACAAAAGUUGAAGUAUUACCAGAUGGAACAAUUAGAAAAACAAUUAUUACUACAAAUUUGAAUACAGGAUAAGUUUAAUCUCAAAGAAUAAUAACUUAAGCAUCAUAAUAAUAAUAAUAAUAAUAACAAUAACAUAAUUUAUUUCCAAUCUUUAAUAUGGGUAGAAAUUAAAUUUAAAGAAAUUCUUUAUAAGCUUUAAUGGAUUAAAUUCUAAGUAAUCCUUUUUUUUCAAAUUAAACAAGAAGAGGAUUUUUCUUCAUUCCUAUGAUGUAAAUUUAAUCAAUAUAAUAGGAAUCAUUUGCAUCAAGCUCCUUAAGAAUUAGAAAAUUUAGCAAUUAUAAAAUUUGUACCUUAUGAUGGUUUGUCAUAAGAAUAUAAAUAAUGUUCAAUAUGUAUUAAUAAUUAUGAAGAUGGAGAAGAAUUAAUUCUAUUACCAUGUAUACAUAGAUUUCAUAAGAAAUGUAUUUCAGAAUGGUUUAAAGAAUAGAGUACAUGCCCUAUUUGCAAAACUGAUGUCACUUAAUAGGAGAUGGGAUUUGAAGAAGAUGAUUAAGAAUGA